ACAAAUUUUGAACCUUUUCCGAAAAAACAAUAUCCUUCUUCCCGUCCGUCGAAACCCUAGAAUUGGUCCCCAUUCAAUUUCUGUAUUUCCCUAAUAAUCUUGUUCCCUCACUUCCUUCACUAUUCACUCUUCAAUUGUUGUUCACAAUGGCGUCGUCUAGAGAAGCCGACCCAAGUCUUGGCUACCUAACCCGCAAAGAAACAGAAGUAAAACUCCCUAGACCAACUCGAGUGAAGAACAAAACCCCCGCUCCAAUCCAAAUCACCGCUGAGCAAAUCCUACGCGAAGCGCGCGAACGUCAGGAAGCUGAAAUCCGUCCCCCGAAACAGAAAAUAACCGAUCCAACAGAGUUAGCCGAUUACCGUCUCCGUAAACGUAAGGAAUUCGAGUCAUUAAUAAGUAGAGUACGUUGGAAUAAGAGUGUUUGGGUUAAAUAUGCUAAAUGGGAGGAAUCACAAAAGGAUUUUAAACGUGCACGUUCGGUAUGGGAACGUGCACUUGAAGUUGAUUAUCGUGAUCAUACCAUGUGGUUGAAAUAUGCGGAUGUGGAGAUGAAGAAUAAGUUUGUUAAUCAUGCGAGAAAUGUGUGGGAUAGAGCGGUUACCCUCUUGCCUAGGGUUGAUCAGUUGUGGUAUAAGUAUAUACAUAUGGAGGAGAUGUUAGGGAAUGUGGCGGGAGCGAGGCAGAUUUUCGAGAGGUGGAUGAAUUGGAUGCCGGAUCAGCAAGGAUGGUUGAGUUAUAUUAAGUUUGAGUUGAGGUAUAAUGAGGUGGAGAGAGCGAGAGAGAUUUUUGAGAGAUUUGUUCAGUGUCAUCCGAAAGUUAGUGCUUGGAUUAGGUUUGCGAAAUUUGAGAUGAAGAAUGGGGAGAUAGAGAGAGCGAGGAAUUGUUAUGAGAGAGCUGUGGAUAAGUUGGCGGAGGAUGAGGAAGCAGAGCAGUUGUUUGUGGCGUUUGCAGAGUUCGAGGAGAAGUGUAAGGAGACGGAGAGGGCGAGGUGUAUAUAUAAAUUUGCACUUGAUCAUAUACUGAAAGGAAGAGCGGAGGAUUUGUAUAGGAAGUUUGUGGCAUUUGAAAAACAGUAUGGCGAUAGGGAAGGUAUUGAGGAUGCUAUAGUUGGGAAAAGGAGGUUUCAGUAUGAGGAUGAAGUAAGGAAGAACCCAAGGAAUUAUGAUACGUGGUUUGAUUAUAUUCGGUUGGAAGAGAGUGUUGGAAAUAAAGAGAGGAUUAGAGAGGUUUAUGAGAGAGCCAUUGCUAAUGUUCCUCCUGCUGAAGAGAAGCGGUAUUGGCAACGAUACAUUUACUUAUGGAUUAAUUAUGCAUUAUAUGAAGAGCUUGAUGCACAAGACAUGGAAAGGACCAGAGAUGUCUACAGAGAGUGUCUUAAGCUGAUUCCGCAUCAGAAGUUUUCAUUUGCAAAGAUUUGGUUGUUGGCCGCCCAGUUUGAGAUUCGGCAGUUAAGAAUCAAGGAGGCCCGGCUUCUACUUGGAGAAGCGAUCGGAAGGGCUCCUAAAGACAAGAUAUUUAAGAAGUACAUUGAGAUAGAGCUGCAUUUUGGAAACAUAGAUCGUUGCAGAAAGCUUUAUGAGAAGUACUUAGAAUGGUCACCAGAAAAUUGCUAUGCUUGGAGCAAAUUUGCCGAGUUAGAGAAGUCCUUGUAUGAAACAGAGCGAGCCAGGGCUAUUUUUGAGCUUGCAAUUGACCAACCUUCACUGGAUAUGCCAGAGUUACUAUGGAAGGCUUACAUCGACUUCGAGAUCUCUGAGGGUGAAUUCAAAAGAACGAGAGCACUAUAUGAAAGACUUCUUAACCGCACGAAGCACUUGAAGGUGUGGAUAAGUUUUGCGAAGUUUGAGGCCUCAGCUAUGGAUUCAGAGGCUGAAGAAGAUAUUGAACUGAAAAAGAACUGCCUGCAACGUGCCAGAGAUGUUUUUGAAAGGGCCAUUUCUUACUUCAGGAAUUCGGCGCCUGAACUGAAAGAAGAAAGAGCCAUGCUUUUGGAAGAAUGGCUAAAUAUGGAAAGCAGUUUUGGUGAGCUUGGUGAUGUCAAUUUAGUCCGUGCCAAACUACCAAAAAAACUCAAGAAGAGAAGGCAGAUAGACAUGGAGGAUGGUCCAGCCAUGUACGAGGAGUACAUCGACUAUCUUUUCCCAGAGGAAACACAGACCACCAAUCUCAAGAUCUUGGAAGCUGCUUAUAAAUGGAAGAAACAGCGAGUUGCAUCCGAGGAGGAUUAGCCAGAUUCUUUGUUUGCUUCCAUUUGAUUCUCUGAAAUGUGGUUAGCUCAUUUGUGUUCUUUUCGUUUUCCCCUUCCUGCCUUGUGUUAAAAUGUUGAAAGAGAAAUUAAGAAGAGGAAGAGGGUAGAGUUUGUAAUUGGCGUUGUAUCUCUUUAUCUUAACAAAUCUCAUCUGGCAUUGUUGUGCACUCAAAAAUGUGGCACACGGAGCCUAGUUCUCAAUGUUCUGUGGAGUGACACGGAGAAUUGCAAUUUUAGUUGUGACAUUGUUUAGCUGUAUUUACAUGUUGGCUGCUUCUUGACGUCUAGUUCUUCAUGCCAAUGAUAUUCUGUAAAUUAUGUAAAUGUUACUUCAAGCAACCUGAACAUAGUUUAUCUAUCUUGAACAUUUCCUUUCUAUUA